CGCGAAGGGUCGUGUACAUAAAACCUAUUAUGUAAAUGGACGUGUAUUUAAUUAAUAAAUACCUAUUUAUCUCUACGUAGAUAUUCCUAUGUGAAGUGAAGUGGUUAUUGAAAGGCUAAUCACAUUGAACAGAUUUUUAUUCAAGUUUUCCACAAUAGAAAGAGUGUAUAAUUUCGGUUUAUUGCUAGGCAUAAGUCUAGGCUAUUUUAAAACCACAUUCACCAUGUUGUGGUUCGAGAAAAGUGAAUCAAAAAUAAAAAUUUAGUACUUAUAGUACGAAAGUGAAUUAAAGUGACAAACAGUUUUUUCUGUUCCGUAGAGACAACAGUGUAAAAGUUAAUCUGAGUACUAAAGUAAUUAAGAAUGUUUCAAAAUACUUAAAUGAAAUCACAAAACUUAAUAGGUACCUAACUUUAGGAAACAUUAAACAAGUUCUAAGUUCGUGACGUUAUAGAAAAGUGAAAUCUAGUCAAAAUGACGACGGAGGAUCCUCGAAAGAGAAAUUUGGCCGGAGCUGGCGAGAACGGCUUAGAAAUGGAAAAUUUAGAAAAAAAGCCCGAAAUCUUGAACGGAAACACUACCUUCGAAUAUUUGGAGUACGAGCCAAGCGGUUGCUUAGAGUUGACUUUAAUGAGGGUAGGCAAUUCCACCGAGGAUUUUGUGAAGAACAACGGCUCGACCAUGAAGACCAUCUCGAUAUUCGUCUUUAACGGCCUGGUAAUAGGGUUCUUUUUCGGCUGCUUGUAUUAUUGGAUUAUGUAUAGUAACGAACCUCUAGAACUAUGCUUCGGCUUUGGCAGUCUGAUCGCCUUCUUGAGUAUAAUAUACUUCUUCGUGAUCUACUUCCUGGUGGUGAAGAGGUUCUUCGGGAAGUGGUUCGAGGCGACAGUGUGGUGCCGCGUCGAGGGUGUGGCCUUCCUCUUGUGGAAGAUUACUUUGUUCAAGUGGUGUUUCUGCCUGGCCGUAGUCGCCGGCAUAGCGUUCUUCCUAUACUGGGACACAAGACAUUCACCAGAGAGACUCAUCUCUUUGCUUGGGCUGGCACUUCUUUUACUUCUUGCGUUCGUGUUCUCAUCGAGUCCUGGCAGGAUAAACUGGCGUAGCGUCAUCAUGGGUCUCCUGAUUCAGUUCCUGUUUGGUAUCCUGUUCAUACGCUGGGACGCCGGCCGGUACGCCUUGCAGUGCUUUUCUGACAAGGUAGCCACUUUCCUGUCUUACGGUGUGGAUGGCGCGGCGUUUGUUUUCGGAGACCUGCUCGUCAGGGAUGAAAAAGUGUUUGCGUUUAGUACUCUCCCAGUGAUAUUUUUCUUCAGCAUGCUGGUGGAGGUGUUGUUCUUCUGGGGCGCGUUGCAGUGGUUCUGCCUCAAGCUGGGGCGGCUGCUGCAGACCGCGACAGCCACCACGGUCUGUGAGAGCGUCAUAGCUGUGGGGAACGUGUUUCUUGGACAGUCGGAGUCUGUCCUCAUCAUCAAGCCGUACCUGUCUCUGAUGACGCCUUCAGAGUUGCACGUGGUCAUGGCAUCAGGCUUCGCGACCGUGUCCGGUACUAUCCUGGCGGCGUAUAUAGGCUUCGGAGCUGAACCAGCUCAUCUCGUGACGGCGAGUGUGAUGUCCGCCCCAGCUGCGAUCUGUUACGCGAAGUUGCUGAUGCCGGAGACUCGGCGCUCGCUCACCAGCGUCGACACCAUACAGCCUGUGGAGAAGCAAGACCAGUCAGCCUUAUCAGCAGCAACUCGAGGCGCUACCAACGGCAUUUCCCUGGUCCUGAAUAUCAUCGCCAAUCUAGUGGCCUUCGUUGCCGUCAUCGCCUUCCUCAACGGCGUGGUGGGGUAUUGCGGCGGGCUGCUGGGCAAUCCUGAUCUCAACCUUGAGUGGAUCUUUGGCAAGAUCUUCAUACCUCUUUGCUGGUUAAUGGGGGUUCCGUGGGAAGAGUGCGAGCACGUGGGCACGUUGAUCGGGCUCAAGACCAUCGUGAACGAGUUCGUGGCCUACCAGCGCAUGGGGCAGAUGAAGAAAGAAGGCCUGCUAUCGCCUCGAGCUGAGCUGAUAGCGACGUACUCUCUGUGCGGGUUCACGAACCCCGCGUCUGCCGGGAUUAUGAUAGGAGCCAUAGCUUCCAUGGCGCCCAACCAGAGGGAGACUUUGUCUAGCAUUGCGGUGCGUGCCUUUUUCGCCGGCUGUGGAAUUUGCUUCAUGACAGCUUGCAUAGCAGGUGUCCUAAUGCCAGAGGGAUCCUUCGGAUAGCGGCAGU